AUGUCUGGCAUACAGAAAGCUGUUAUUAUUACUGCGCCCAAGACGGCAGAGCUCGUCACAGAUCACCCUGUGCCAACUCUCCUGGAUGACUAUGUCCUUGUGAAAACUGAAGCAGUUGCCCUGAACCCCACGGACUGGAAGUUUGUGGCUAACAAUUCCCUUCCCGGUUGCCUGGUUGGCUGUGACUAUGCCGGCGUGAUUGAAGAGGUUGGCAAGGAUGUCAAGAAGGACUUCAAGAAAGGCGAUCGCGUGUGUGGUUUUGCCCACGGCGGCCACAGAUUGCGCCCCCAAGUCGGGGCUUUUGCCGAGUACAUCCUCGCCAAAGGCGAUGUGCAGAUGCCGAUUCCCGAUAUUCUUAGUUUCCAGGAAGCCGCCACACUAGGCGUUGGUACCGCAACUGUUGGACAAGGCUUAUACCAGAGCCUAAAGCUUGCAUUGCCGACCUCGCCGUUGACAAGCCCUGAGCCACUCCUUAUCUACGGUGGUUCCACGGCGACCGGUACACUGGCUAUCCAAUAUGCGAAGCUAUCAGGGUAUAAGGUACUGACGACAUGCUCACCUCACAAUUUUGAAUUGGUCAAAAACCUUGGUGCCGACGAGGUAUAUGAUUAUAAGGAUGCCACAACAGCAGCUGCGAUUCGAGCUGCAACAGGUGACAAACUGAAGUUUGUUUUCGAUACAAUUUCCACACCAAGUUCUGCGGGAUAUUGUGAAGCUGCGCUGUCCACUGAGGGUGGUGAAUAUAGUAGCUUAUUGAGGAUACCGGUCGCUCGCGAGAAUAUAAACAGUCGCGCGACUUUGGGAUAUACAAUCAUGGGCGAGGAUUUCAUGCUUGGUCCUAUGCGCGUCCCGGGUAAGCCUGAGGACUUUGCCUUUGCGCAAGAGUGGCUGCCACAGGCAUUCAAGUUCCUAGCCUCGGGUCAAGUUAAAGUGCAUCCUUUGAAGGUCAAUCCGGAUGGCUUGAAGGGUGUCCCUGAGGGGCUGAACUUGAUGAAGGAGGGUAAGGUUAGUGGUGAGAAGCUUGUUUAUAAUGUCUCGGAGACUCCUUAG